GGAGUCCCCCAGACUGCUUCCUCGAGCUGCCUUCCUCCCUGGGGCCUGCUGGUCGAUCGAUCUCUACAUUGAUCCUAUCCCAGAUCGUUUCCAAGAACCACACACAAACCUCUAUCUAGGAGAUCUCUCGGCAGCCGGUGCGUAGAAUAAUCCGUCAGUCCCAGAGGGAUCGGAUGGGUUGCUCUUGAGCUACGACUACGUGCAGGGCACAAGCAGAUACAAGCACGAGGCGGGAAGAGCUCCGGCCAAGUAGGGAGGCCCCCUUGUUUAGUUGGAACCAUUGAAUACAUGGGCAGACCUCGAGGGAAGAGCAAGAAAGCGAUCGAAGCCGCGAGCAACGACGACGAAGACGGCAGCAGCGGCGAGGAGGUGCCGCCCACCCCCAAGAGGAGGGGAAGAAGGCCUCAGAAGCCUCUCAACGACGACGCCGACGACAAGGACACCGCCGAGGCCGAGGAGGAUGCAGGAGACGGCGCAAAACCCGUCGUGCAGCCAAGCAAGGACUCCAAGAGCUCGGCUGAGGGCGGAGGCAAGAAGCGGCGGCGGCGGCGGCUAAAGCGCGGCCCCGACGAGCUGGUGGAAGAAGAGGGCGAGGAGGGCCGUGUGAAGUCCAAGUCCAAUGGGUUCCGGCCGAACGGAAGCCGGCGGAAGAGCACUCCCCGGCGAGCCGCCGAGGCCGGGGUGGAGUGCAAGUGAAGCGAGCAUCUGCCGGAAAAGCUAGAGCGAGCCACUUGUGUUUUUACCCUCUCUGUUUUUUUUUUGCAUUUUCACUGAAGCUUCUACCCAUUUCUGCUACAGAGAUCAAACAUGCAUCUUUUGAAGCGUGUGGUAGUUCAGUUUCAUUUCUUAGGAGCACGAUCAUGUUCGUGCCAUUAUGUGCUGGUCGGUGGAUGACAAGCUAGCUAGUUAUAGGCUUAUAGCUCGUGCGUUCGUUAGCAUCAAGGUAGUGAGUAGUGACUGGUGGUUUGCGUCAAAAGUUUACGCAAGCAUUCCCGGUGAACUAUUUAGUAUUUACCCUCUGUUCUGUAAAUUCCUGUUCAGUUACCGCAA